AUGGUGAACUCUAAUGAGCUCAAUGUCUAUUUCGGUCAGGACUCUCUGAAGAAGUACUUCGACCCGGAUUCGCAACCCCCGUUGCCCUUGGUUGAGCUCCCAGAGUACCUCAACCCCUACCACCAAGAUGGUGUGCGGAUCUAUGCAAAGAUGAUGACUAUGCAUCCUGCAAACAAUGUCAAAGCGAUGCCAGCAAUGAAUAUGCUGCAGUCGGACGUGGCCCCCGGAAAGACAAACACGAUCAUUGAGUACAGCUCUGGGUCUACCGUCAUUUCUAUGUCGAUGAUUGCGCGGGUUAUGCACGGCGUGCAGGACACCCGAGCCUAUCUCAGCAAUAAGACAAGCGAGGCAAAGCUUAGACUGAUGCAGUUCUUCGGGCUCAACAUCAGCCUGUUUGGUGGACCGUCUCAGCCGGAGCCCUAUGAUGAGCGAGGUGGUAUUCAGAGUGCACGCAGAAUGGCCACAGAAUCAGACGAAAUCCUCAACCCCAAUCAAUACGAAAAUGACAAGAACUGGCAGUCACAUAUCCGCUGGACCGGACCGCAGAUCUUCAAGCAGCUCCCGGAGAUCAACGUGCUCUGCGCGGGGAUGGGGACCUCAGGAACAAUGACCGGCCUGGGCACUUACUUUAAACAAGCCAAGCCAUCUGUUGUUCGGCUUGGAGUAUGUACGGCACCUGGAGACCGAGUUCCUGGGCCAAGAUCCUUUGCGUUGAUGAAGCCCGUAGAGUUCCCGUGGAAGGAGGCAGUUGAUACUAUUGAAGAAGUCAACUCGUACGAUUCCUUCUCCCUCUCUCUAGAGCUUUGUCGGGAAGGUAUCGUCUGUGGCCCGUCAUCGGGCUUCAACUUGCAAGGCCUCUUUCAGAUGCUCGAGAAGCGCAAGAAGGCUGGUACUCUGUCCGAACUGGUUGGACCUGACGGCUCAAUCCACUGCGUGUUCCUAUGCUGCGACCUGCCGUAUCAGUACAUUGGCGAAUACUUCCAGCGAUUAGGAGAGGACAAGUUCCACCCCAUCCAAAACGAGAACCUAACCAAGGUCGACCUAUACCGCUACGACGAAAGCUGGGAGCGAAGCCCAGUAGUCCUCUUCACCCACUUCUACGAGUCCCCUAAAACCUGCUCCCAAGAUCUCCUUGCCAUGUUGACCCUCCGCCCACAAUGCUGCGUAGUGGACCUCAGAACAUCAGCCGACUUCAACUCAUGGCGCCUCCCAGGAUCAGUCAACAUCCCGCUAAAAACUCUUGACUCACACACCCCGAAGCCAUUUUUCAACCCCAGCAUCCUAGAGGCGCAGUGGCUAGAACUAGAGGCCCUACUGAAAGAGCAGAGCGUCCUAUCCCAGCUCCAAGACCAACAUGUCCUUGUGAUUUGCUACAACGGGGACACGGCGCGGGUAGCCACGAGUGUGCUCCGAGCGCAGAAUAUCCAGGCCGACAGUCUCCGUGGAGGAUACCAAGCGCUGAAGGACCAGGGGCUAUGGGGCGAUGGUGGAGCCGAGUCAGUUGGGAAUAAGUCAUAUGUGCAGCCUUCAGUGUCUGUAACACCAGUCCCGCUGGAGGGUAAUUGA